UGUUCCACACCUCAAAAAUUUCCGAUCAACGGCCUUCCUUUACUUCAUUUCUUUCUAAUUUAAGAAGCAAACUACCAGCCAAUCAUCUCGCAAACCCAUCUAUAUAAAUGCAAAAAAAGAAGAAGCUAAAAUAAGUAAUAAUUAAUUAGAGAUGGCCGCGGAUAGAAUGACCAAGGCGACAGCGACGGCCCUCGUGUUGGCGUGCAUGGCCGCCGCCGUUACGGCUGCGGACGACAAUCAAAAAGGCGUGAUGGGCGGCAUGUGCGAAGCGACGGGCUUCGGCGAGGACUGUAAGCAAGGCAACAUGACGGAGGCGAAGGAGUUCAUAAAGGAGACGUUCGACGCGGCGGUGGAGGAGCUUCAGAUCGCCAUAAAAAACACGACGUUUUACAAGAAGAUGGAGAGGGACAGGAUGACGCGAGCGGCGCUGGACGUGUGCGAGCGCGUGCUUGCGGACUCCAUCGACCAAGUCCACACGUCGUUGGAGAAGAUCAGCGAGUUUGAGGCCGGCCAGAUGGAUCGCUCCCUCGAUGUUGUCAAGAUAUGGCUCAGCGCCGCCAUCACGUUCAAGGACACCUGCUACGAUGCAUUCGCCAAAACUAGAGGGAGCUCUGGGCGAGUGGUGAGGCAAAUGCUGAAAUCCAGCGGCCAUUUGUUGAAUAAAGGUUUGGCGAUGGUGAUCGAAUUCCAAAAGAAUUUCCAGUCCAUCAAGAAAAAUUUGGGGGAACUCGUGGACAGCAUAAGGUCCCCGCGGCAGCUCCUCGACGAGGACGAAAUUCCUGAUUUCGUGAGCGAUCAUGCAAGGAAGCUCAUUCAAAGCCCUAAGAUCUCGUUGCCGCCGAACGUGGUGGUGGCGCAAGACGGCAGCGGCCAGUUCAAGACCAUCACCGAGGCCAUUAGCACCGUACCCUUGCACAGUACAACGCCGUUUGUGAUUCUUGUAAAGGCCGGCGUCUACCAUGAGUACGUAGACAUUCCGAAAAAGGUCGAUGAGGUCAUUCUGGUCGGAGAGGGGCCGUUGAAGACCAGAAUUACCGGCGAUAAGAGUUUUGGGGGUCAUAUUCAGACCUACGACUCCGCAACUCUAGCCGUGAACGGGAGAGGCUUCAUCGCCAAGGACAUCGGGAUCGAGAACACGGCGGGCCCCAUCGGGCACCAGGCGGUGGCGGUGCGGGCAACGGGCGACGUGGCCAUCUUCUACAACGUCCACAUAGACGGCUACCAGGACACCCUGUACCCGCACGUCCAGCGCCAGCUCUUCCGCGAGUGCCGCAUCAGCGGCACCAUCGACUUCAUCUUCGGCAACGCCAUCGCCGUGUUCCAGAAGUGCGACCUCGUGGUGCGCAAGCCCGACCCGAACCAGGCGUGCAUGGUGACGGCGCAGGGGCGCAACAACAAGAACCUCACGGGCAUCACCAUCAUCCAGGGGUGCACCAUCACGGGCGAGCAGGCGCUGCUGGAGGCCAACCCGCCCGUGAAGUCGUACCUCGGCCGCCCCUGGAAGGAGGAGUCGAGGACGGUCAUCAUGCAGACGACCAUCGAGGGGUUCAUCGACCCGGAGGGGUGGGCCCCGUGGAACGCGACCUCACCGGUGGAUAUGCUCUACUACGUCGAGUAUAACAACAAGGGACCCGGGGCGGAUCAGUCGAAACGGGUCACCUGGCCCGGUAUAAAGAAGUUAACUACCGACGAGGAGAUGAAGCAGUGGACUCCCCUCGUGCAUUUUGUCGAGGACGGAUGGAUCAAAGACAGCGGAGUUCCCUUCGAUCCGGUUUUCAUGCCAGAAAGUUGAGUCGUGCAUGUCAUGCAUAUCAUGUUAGUUUUAUUGUUGUUUCUAGCAUUUAAUUAGGUAGUUUAGUUAAUUAAAUAAUUGUAGAUAUCGAGUUGUAUGCUACGGUUUAUUGAAUCAGAAUAAAUAUAAUUCAGGGUCUUUUCGAAAA